GACACGGGGUAUUUUUGUUUCUUUGUUGUCAUAGUCACUGACCGGAACCACUAUGGUCGUGUAUACACGUGUUUUUACUUGUACCCCCAUUUCUACACUUCACCGAGAACAUUACAAGUGCUAGGAUGCCAAAAUCUAAAAAAUCAGCUCUUCCGUUCCACAAUAAACAGAAGAAUGUGAAAGGACAAUCAGUUUUCUCCUCCGCUCCGGGAGCCCUUGGUCCUCGAGCUUUCCCCCUCAGUCCCUACACAGUUCUUGGAUCGUUUGUUCUUUGGGUAUUUAUUGGAUUAGCCGCCUAUAAAUGUCUCCUCUACUUUGGUACAUAUCGUUCGCUGGACUCAGAUUUGGUAGGAACAUGCGAUGUUCAUCUGAAAAAUUCCUUGGAGGAGAAUUUAAAAAUUGCUGAAAACUACUCGAAAGGGGAUGCUGGACCUUACCUUAAGAGAAUAGGUUCUCAGAUGUAUGGAGAUACAUUUGCUGGAACACCAUCGCCACGGGAAUUACCAAACAUUCCCCCAGUAGUUACAGCGGUAUCGUCUGCCGAGUUCUUCCAAGUUCAGGGUCUCAUCCGGGACAUCGAAGAUGUAAACAAGAGCGGCAAAUUUCUAAUAAAGCUGAUCAUUUACGAUCUAGGAAUGUACAAAAAUGAAAAAGAAAUUAUGAAGAAGCAUUGUAACUGCGAUGUGAGGUCAUUUGAUGUUGGACAUUACCCAGAUCACGUGGCCAUUUACUCGAAUAAAGCAUAUCAACCUAUUAUAAUGCAGACAAUCCUUGAGGAGUUUGGAUCCGUGAUGUGGAUUGACCCUUCAGUAAAGUUCAAAGAAGUCCGAGAUCUGGGCAUGCUCAGAUUCCGAGGAUCACACGAUUUUUUCUUGUGGGAGGAAGAAAUUUUUAAUUCAAUUGUGGCCUAUACACAUCCACAAAUGUUUGAAUUUUUUGGUGAAAAAAGAUGCACGUUUGCAGAAUAUGGAAUGAUGGACACAAGCACAAUAGUUCUGUACAGAACAAACAUGACAUGGCUUGGUAUUAUGAAACCAUGGUUGAAGUGUGCCCUUAAUGCAAAUUGCAUAUCUCCCAGAGGUGCUAAGAAUUCAGAGUGUUUUCACUGGGAACGACCAAAAAUGACAGGAUGUCAUUGGUUUGUGCAAUCUGCCUUCAGUAUUGUCGUAAAUAGAGUUUUCCAGUUUUCAUCUCAUAUAGACAAGUUAUCAAUCCCUCGCUUCACCACGAAAGAGGAAGUAGAAGUUAUUUAUCAUUUUCCAGAACAGCCAUGGACCUAUAGCGAAAUUGUUUUCGUGCUUAUUCUUCCAGUAAUGGUCUGUGGCGCGCUGUUUUACAUGUACCAAAGAAGGACACGAGCGCAAAAGGAACAAUACCUAAGGAGGUGAUGAAUGUUAAAAAAUAAAUAACAAUGAUGAUUCAGGGAUUAUAAAAUUAGUACCUUGUAAAGGGGUGAGAAAAGUACAGAUGUUUGACUGAGGAACGUAUGAAACUAUUCUUCGGAACAGAGAGUUUCCAGAGUUUUAGCUCCAUGGCUCUGCUUAUGCGAUGUAAGGUACCCGACGUCUGUCCAGUUGUCUGUAAAUGAACAAUAAUUCUGCAGUACUUUGAAUGCAAAUAUCUACAUGUCGUAAUGCAUGUUUUAACUGUUUCCUAAUUAUUAAAUGAUCUCAGUUGAAAGAAAAUGGUAUACAUGAGGGGAAAUUGCUGAUGCAUGUUUUUAGUAUUAUGCAGAUAACUAUAUAUGUUCAGAUCUGUUGUUUUCCUUGUAAAAUCUCUCAGUUACUUUGAAAAAAGUAAUGCUAUGACAUUAAUAUAUAUGUAUAGAAUAAUAUAUAUUAUAAUAUAUAUUGUUAUAACAAUAUUUGAUCGUGUCUACAUCGUAUUUCUUGAUAGGAAAUAGAAUUAGUGUUUAUAAUGCACUUUAACAUGAAAGCUUUACUUGGUAUUCCCGGAGUUCUUGGGCUUGCAUAUUUAUUACAUUUGUUACAAUAUUUAUUUGAAUUGAAUACAA